CUAUCUUCGAUGCCAUGUACGCCUCGCCUCCUCAUUCAGGCAGGAUAUAGUCAUUGUCCUGAUCGAGACACUCGACCAUGCCACAGGAACUCUUGGCUUUCCCGCCAUACUAUGUCGUCGUGGGAGUCUACCGUCUCUUUACAGACGACAAGCUUCGACCGGCCGUCUGGGCCAAAGUCAAGCACGCUACCCUCCGAGGACUGGUCGUAGCCGGGGUCUAUGUCGCGGCUACAUGGAAGAUCCAGAAAUGGUUCGUCGAGAACUUCUUGAUGGGCGGGUUCAGCCUCUUUGGGAAACGAGCGCAGGCCCCACCGGGAGAGGUCUUGGAGACGAGCUUGUCUUGGUUGAAAAAGGCCGACGUCGUCGAUUAUACCACCGUCCUCUUCAUCCUCCCUCAACUCACCUCCCUCGUCCACUAUUUCCUCAAACGGAACCUCCGGAUCGCCCGAGCUCGAGCUUGGGACCUGACCGUUCAGUCCCGAGAUAAGCCCGCCGAGUUCUGGUCCAAGGGGUAUAUCGAGGAAUGGGAGCAACCUCCCGGAGUUGGAGGUGGGGAGGGCAAGGGUACCAAGGGAGAGCAGCAAGAGAAGUGGUUGAGCUGGCUGUUGUUCUGGCCGUCUCAGAUGGCUCUACGUCAUUUCGUGUUGUUCCCGCUCUCGCCCUACCUGCCGAUCUACAACGUAGCAUUUACCUCGGCAAUGAGGGGUCUUUACACCGCUCGAGUGUUGCACAGGCCUUACUUCGAAGCCAAAAAGAUGACCAACAAGGAGAUCGAGACGUGGUUGCAAGAAAGAAGAUGGGGUUAUCGAGCCUUUGGGUUUGCAGCGUCCCUCCUUGAGUCGAUCCCGAUUAUCGGUCUGGGCUUCUCCGUAUCCAACAGGGUCGGGGCUGCCAUGUGGGCCUUUGACUUGGAAAAGCGUCAACACAGGUUCGCGAACGGAGAGCUCCACAAACUCCGACCCGAAGAUACCGGGUUGAGCGGGACGGGUAAAGUGGAUUUCCCUUCCAGACAUCUUCAAGACGAGGAGAUCGAGUUGGAUGAUCUGAAACGAUCUCCUGGCGAGCUUUAAAGCGGGGCAGCACACCCGCUUGUCGGGGUGGUGACGUGAGAAUGCGAGUAUUAUGGGAUGAAAGGCAGAAUUAUAUAGAUACAACGACUUUGAUGACGAUACAUUGAUGCAAAGAGGCGAUGGC